AUGUCUACAAAGCACUUAACAUGGAGUGAAGAUGUAUGUCUUAUAAUAUUGACAAAGGUUGCUGAGAACAAAGAGGCCACAGAGAGGAUAAAUAUACUUCAGCUUGGAAAAAAGGUUGUGGGAUCAGGUUCUACUAGUUUGGAGCAUGGUUCUUUAGAGCCUCCACCAUCGUUCUGUCAUUGUCGCACGUCCACCAGCGCCGGCCACCUGUGGCCUCCUCCAUCAUUCGUCGACGACCUACAACCUCCUCCACCCUUCGCUUCAUUCAAGAUGGAGUUAUCACAAAACGAUUUGGGUUUGAGGCCAAAGUUAGAGUUUAGAAAACAGAUUCGGAUGAAUUCGAUAAUAGACAUGAUUGACAAUGAGAAUUUUUCUAUAAUCUUUCAAGCUGCUGUUGUGACUAAUGUGAUGAAUAUAGACAAUGAAGUUGAGUUAAGUGAAAUAUUGGAAGAUGGAAUUGGAGAUAAAGAUGAGAAGGAAGCAUCUUUUGACAAUAAUGUUGAAGUACCUUCAACUUUUACUAAUAUGGAAGGAACCAAUUUGACUAUUGAUGGCAAUUGGAUUGUGACACAAUCAACGAGUAAGAAUGAUUUUACGCGAGAGUUGGGAAAGGAUUCUUUCAAGGAUAAAGAGGAACUUGUUAGAGCAAUCAAGAUCCAUAGCAUUAGGACACAUAAACAAUUUGAGGUCAUUGAGUCACGUCCAACUAUUUGGACUCUAAGAUGCAAGUUGUACUUACAAUCUGGUUGCAAAUGGAACAUGUGUUUGGAAACUGGGAAGAGUCUUAUGUCGCUUUACCAAAAUAUCCAGACUCAUGUGGUGAAAGACCGUGAAGGCAUAUGUCUAAUAUCUUAUCAUCAUGGUGGAAUUCUUAAGGCUGUCAAUGAGCAUGGAUCUCUAUGGUUAGAGCCACGUGGUUUUCAUAGGUAUUGUUUACGACAUUUCAUCAACAACUUUUAUGACAAGUUUCGUGAUUCAGAAUUGAAAGCUUUAACUUAUCGUGCCGGGAGUCAGAAUCAAAUUUGA